UCGUGUUGAAUAAUGAUGAUUAUUUGAGAAGAAAUUAAAUUUCCCUCAAAGGUUGUUAAUUUUUCGUGAAGUUAAGAACUUUACCCAGGGCGUCAAAGAUGCCGAAGAAGAAGACUGGCCAGCGUAAAAAGGCUGAGAAGCAGAAGCUUCGCCAGAAGGAGAUUCGCAACCGCGAAUCCCAGCUGCCGGAGCAGCCUUGCAAUUUGCCCAUGGAUUGCGAGAAAUGUGGCAGAAAACAGAAGUCCCGUGCCUUCUGCUACUUUUGCCAAAGCGUCCAACGCUUGCCUAUCUGUGCUCAGUGCGGUAAGCAAAAGUGCAUGCUCAAGACCGGAGAUUGUGUCAUCAGACAUCCGGGAGUGUACACCACCGGCUUGCAGAUGGUGGGAGCCAUUUGCGACUAUUGCGAGGCUUGGAUCUGCCACGGGCGAAAGUGCCUUCAAUCGCAUGCCUGCACCUGUCCGCUGAUGGAUGCCGUCUGUAUCGAAUGUGAACGUGGCGUUUGGGAUCACGGCGGCCGUAUGUACAAGUGCUGCUUUUGCGAUAACUUUCUGUGCGAGGACGAUCAGUUCGAACACCAAGCCUCUUGUCAGGUGUUGGAAUCCGAGUCGUACAAGUGUCAGUCCUGCAAUAAGCUCGGACAGUAUUCGUGUCUGCGUUGCAAGACCUGCUACUGCGAGGACCAUAUUCGUAGGAAGGGCUUCAAGUACGACAAGAACAAAGCGAUUCCUUGUCCGAAGUGUAACUACGAUACGAGCCAGACGAAGGAUCUGAGCAUGUCGGUUCGUAGCCACAAGUAUGGUCGCAAACGCCAAGAUGAUAUGGACGAAGACGACGACUACGUCUACGAUCCGGAAUACACCGCGUAUCGGUCCGCUGCCGGUCAUUACAAUGAUUCGGAUUCCGACGAUUACGAAGAGGGAUCCGACUCGGAUGACGAUGACGACGACGAUGAUUCCGAUGAGGAGGAAGAUGAGGAAGACGAUGAUAAAGCUAAAGCUGGUACGAGCAGUGCAAAGGAAAACAAGUGAAAGCCAUAUUGCCAGCCCAGGGAAUGUUCUUUCCAAAUGCUCACAUCAUUCUCUAGAAGGAGCGAGCACCUCCAUGCUUGUUGAAUUUAUCUGUAUUGUAUAUCAAAUCAGUGGGGAUGUAUUCAAUAAAGAACGAAGAAAUAUCCUGUA